AUGUCCACCUCACGCGAGUCCGUCGCUGGCAACACCCCUUCAGGCGCCGUCGCCCUCCCGCCUCGAAGGAACCGCGCGGACGGCGCAUCCAACGCGCCCGUCUGGUCACUCGAGGCGAGCGCAGACGGAAACGCAGAAGUCCCACUGGCGGCCAAAUGCGACCUGCACAACCGCGAACGGACGGUGUGCUGCAGGGAUCUGAAGGGAGACGACGAGCGGCACUUGAUUAAUCCCGACGUCGUGAAGGACAUCAUCAUCGGCCUUGCGGAUGGCCUGACCGUCCCCUUCGCCCUCACCGCCGGUCUCUCCUCGCUCGGCUCGUCGAAGCUCGUCGUCACGGCUGGCAUCGCAGAACUCGUCUCGGGUGCGCUGAGUAUGGGAGUCGGUGGCUACUUGUCGGCGCAGGCAGAGCGUGAUCACUACCGCUACUUGAAGAAGCAGACUCGGGAACGAGUGAUGCGAUCCUGCGCAGGUGAGAUGGAGCGCGAAGUCAAUGCGAUCCUUUCCCCACUCGGCGUCGACGACGCCCUCUCCCGCCGCAUUGCUGGCGCGCUCCUCUCCGUCGAAGCGACCCUCCCGCCCCCCGAAGCACCGCUCUCCAUCACCCGCCAAUGCCUCAACGCCAUCGCCCGCCGUCCUCGCUUCACGAACCUCACAAAUUCCGACCCCGAACGCGCGCGCUUGUUGCCUACCAAAACCGACAAGGACGCGGACGACGACGAUAAAGGACUCACGGCGUUCUUGCUCAAGUUCGGCGAGGGGUUGGAGGAGACGACCGACGCGCGGCUGUUCAUCUCGGCACUGACGAUCGGCUUGUCGUACUUCCUCGGCGGACUUAUCCCCCUCGCGCCGUACUUCUUCUUCCAUCUCGCCAUCAAGGCGUUGUGGUGGUCCGUCGGUAUCACAGGCGUCGUGCUGCUCCUCUUUGGAGCGGUCAAGGCGUACGUGAGCGGUGCGGAAAUCGGCGUUUCGGGCUAUGCAUACGGCAGUAUCUCGACCCUCCUCGUCGGUGGUGCUGCAGCAGCUGCCUCGUUCGGCAUCGUCCGCGCACUCGAAGGUCGCGGCGAAUGA